UGCGGCGGAUGAACACAUCGAUCGAAAAUCCUCAAACAGCUGCACCAAUCCUGCCAGACGAACGACAACGAGAACGACCUUAAAAAAGUCACCCAGCUGCUGGAUAUCUACGCACUCGAAAUCCAAAUGUACACCGUACAAAAGAAUCACAAAAUAUAGGCCCUCUACGAAUAGUUCCUGUACAUCAAAUCGGCCAUCCUGCAUCCCUUAAUCAUGGGCGUCAUCCGGAAGUGCGGCGGCAAGAUGCACCUGCGCGAGGGAGAGUUCGAAAAGGCGCACACGGACUUUUUCGAGGCGUUCAAAAACUACGACGAGUCCGGCUCGUCCCGGCGCACGACCUGUCUCAACUACCUCGUCCUCCGGAACAUCUGCUCCCAGGUACUGAUCAAGCUGAUCCGCCCGUACACGAAGAUUACGACCGAUCUGCAGGCGCUGUUUGACACGACCGAGCUCGAGCUGACCGGGAUCGAUCGAUGACGACCGUGCAGUAGCUUGGCAGUAGCACCACGGUUUUAUUAAAACAGGAUUCGCCAUUCGAAAAUGGCCAGAAUGUUCCAGGAUACACACUGGAACCGCGUGUUUGCCUGAACCGGUGCCGUCCACAAGGGCAUCUUCUACAAGGCCGGACGCGUGCAAUGUUUUAAAGUAUGCCCUCGACGUG